AUGGCCCCGCAACAAUUGGUCCCUCAGACCGAAAACAUUGCAGACGUCUAUGCGACUGACGAUGUCUCGGCCAAGGCCGUUGCCCCUGAGAUCAAGGCUCGCUGGCAGAACCUGGUCAGCCAAUUCGUCCAGGUGUACGGUGAAAAGCCCGACUUUGUUGCGCGAAGCCCCGGCCGUGUAAACAUCAUUGGCGAGCACAUCGACUACAACCUCUACGACGUCCUGCCCACCGCGGUCAGCGUCGAUGUCAUCAUUGCUGUCAAGGUUGUCCCGACCGAAGGCUCCGAGGCAACGGUCAAGAUAUCAAACGUGAAUCCCGAAAAGUUCCCGUCGCGCGAGUUCACCAUCCCCUCGGACAAGGAUAUCGAGAUUGACCCCAAGAAGCACGAAUGGAUCAACUACUUCAAGGCCGGUGUGCUUGGCGCAAUGAAGUUCCUUCGAAAGGAAACCCCUUCCAUCAAGCCUGUCAGUAUCGAAGUUCUGAUGGACGGCAAUGUUCCCCCUGGUGGAGGAAUUUCUAGCAGUGCCGCAUUUGUCUGUGCCAGUGCUUUGGCCGUCAUGAAGGCCAACGACCACCAUGUCUCAAAGCAGGAUCUUUUGGACCUGGCUGUUGUUUCGGAACGUUCUGUGGGCGUCUACUCUGGAGGAAUGGACCAGGCCGCCUCUGUUUUCUCGGAGCGAGGAUAUCUUCUAUACACAAAGUUCUUCCCCAAAUUCUUCGUCGAACAUGUCCCAGUGCCUGAAGCCGACGAGGAAGUUACUUUCCUGGUGGCCCAGAGUUUCAUUACCUCCAACAAGGCCGAGACCGGCCCCCGUCAUUACAAUCUCCGCGUUGCUGAAUGCACAUUAGCCGCCGUCGUGCUGGCCAAACUGAACGGCGUCACCCUGGAGAAGGACAACAGUUCUCUGGGCUACAGCCUGCGCAACUUUCACGAGGAGUUUAUUCGCAAACAGGGCCGUCUCCAAGAUCCAUUGGAGUCUCAGCUUGACACAGUCAUCCAGACCACUAAAGAGCUAUUCCCUCAGGAGCAGGGAUAUACGCGAGAAGAGAUUGCUAAAUUCCUCGACAUCACCGUCCCAGAGCUGGAGUCGCGAUUCCUUUCCUCGUUCCCUGUUCAGGCCGAACGAUUCCUGCUCCGUCAACGCGCUCUACACUGCUUCAGCGAGGCUCGUCGUGUGCUUGACUUCAAGGCUUGCCUCUCUCAGGCAAAGAAGCUUGACGAAACGCGCCUUCACUACCUCGGCAAACUCCUCAACGAAACCCAGGAGUCUUGCCGCGUCGACUACGACUGCAGUUGCCCUGAAGUCGACCAGAUUUGCGAAAUCGCCCGUCGCGCUGGUGCUUGGGGCAGCAGACUUACCGGCGCCGGCUGGGGAGGCUGCACAGUACACAUGCUUCCCAAGUCCAAGGUGGAGGCUGUCAGCCAAGCUAUUAAAGACGAGUACUAUUCAAAGAAAUUCCCGGAUCUUUCUCAGGAGAAGCUGGCUCAGGCUAUUGUCAUUAGCAAGCCUUCCAAUGGCUCUUUCUUGUAA